AUCUCAAUUACAUCAAUUUAGGUUGAUGGAAAUAAAAAAAUUACCCGUUAUUCUUCUUAUAUUUUUUAGCGUCGUUUUCCACGAAAAUUGUUUUGUGGGUUGUGUUUCUGUGUCCAUGUCCAUAUUGCACCGAGUCUAUAUGGUCUAUGUCAGUUCUCAAAAAUUUUAAUUUUUUUUUUGAAAAAAUUGGAAGUAAGAAGAUUAUCUUGAAUUUCAGUUCACGAAAGAACAUUUUUAUUAGAAAUAAGAAACGGAAACAUAUUUCAAAUAUGAACACAAUCUUAGGAAAUGAAGCGAAAGGGUUCAAAAUUUUACCAUCUCCUACAAAAAGUGUCAGUGACAAAAAAGAUUACACAGUUAUAAAAUUGGAAAAUGGUUUGACAGCAUGUCUUAUAUCUGACAAGGCUCCAGUAUCCCUUGCUGAUGAAUCCUGUGAAGAACUUGAUAACGAAUCUGAGACUGAUGAUUCCAAUUAUUCAGGAAGUUCCGAUUCUGAAGUUGAGUCGGACUCUAGUGGAAGUAUUCAGAGUAAAUCCGUUAACUCUGAAUUGAAAAUGGCUGCAGCUGGGCUAUGUAUUGGCGUUGGGAGUUAUAGUGACCCAAUUGAGGUUCCUGGUAUGGCCCAUUUUCUAGAGCACAUGGUAUUCAUGGGUAGUGAAAAAUUCCCUGCUGAAAAUGAUUUCGACUCAUUUAUAAAGAAAGGAGGCGGUAGUGAUAAUGCAUCUACAGAUACAGAAAGCACUUGUUUUUACUUUGAGUGCCUUGAAAAGCAUUUAUUUGAAGCCUUGGAUAAGUUUGCUCAAUUUUUUAUCUCACCUUUGAUGAAGAAAAGUGCAAUGACACGUGAAAGAGAGUCCAUUGAAUCAGAAUUUCAGAUGGCUUUACCUUCAGAUUAUUCUAGAAAAGAGCAGCUUCUUUGUAGUUUUGCUAAACCUGGAACACCUGCCAGUUAUUUUUCAUGGGGAAACUUGAAAACUUUGAAAGACAAUAUAUCUGAUGAGAAACUCUAUGAAGGCGUGCACGAGUUUAGAAAGCGGCACUAUUCUGCUCAUCGUAUGACACUUGCAAUACAGGCACGCCUCCCUACUGAAACACUUCAGAGCUACGUUCUGAAAUGCUUUUCCAAAGUACCAAGUAAUGAUCUACCGCCAAGUGACUUCAGUAGUAUUGCAGCUGGAAUAUUCGAUACACCUAUGUUCAAAAGAAUGUACUAUGUGAAACCUAUGAAGGAUGUAUGUCAGGUGGAUUUAACCUGGAGUUUGCCUCCUCUUCAACACGAGUACAAAAGUAAACCGGCCUAUUAUGUUUCCUUUUUAAUGGGGGAUGAAGGUAAAGGCAGCUUGUUGGCAUAUCUGAAAAAGAGAAUGUGGGCCAUUACUACUUCAGUUGGAAAUGGAGAAUCGGGAAGUGAAGACAAUUCCCUCUUUACACUUUUGAAUGUGUCUGUUGUACUAACCGAUGAAGGAUUGAGGCAUUUGAAUGAGGUAAUAGAAGUGGUAUUUUCUUACAUCAACCUGCUGAAACAAUUGGGACCACAAGAAAGAAUUUAUAAUGAAGUCAAAUCAAUAGCAGAUACUUCAUUCAGAUUCGCCACAGAGGAAACGGCAGUUGACACAGUUGAGGAUUUAUGUGAAUCAAUGCAAAUCUACCCUCCAGAAGACUAUAUUGCUGGUUCUGAAAUUUAUUACGACUAUAAUCCAGAGGCAAUCAAAAUGGUUCUUGAACAUCUUCAGCCAAGUAAAAUGAAUGUUAUGGUUUUGUCCAAGAAUUUGCCAAAUGGUUUGAAAUUUGAUAAAAUCGAACAGUGGUUUGGUACAGAAUAUACUGAUAUGGAAAUUCCAAAAGAUCUAAUAAGCAAAUGGGAAAAUGUACCGCCACAUCCUGAAUUAGAUGUUCCUCCCCCCAACCCAUAUUUAACGAGUGAUUUUACAAUAUUACCAGAAAUACAAAAUCAUCCCGAUUAUCCACAGAAAAUUAAAAGUGAUUCCUUGUAUGAGUUGUGGUACAGGAAGGAUCAGAAGUUUAAUCUCCCAAAGCCACCCUUACGGAAAUGUUGAUGAAUUUGCUGGAGUUUUCUAUUGCUGAAGAAGUUUAUCCAGCCACUAAUGCUGAGUUAUCACACCAUUUGAGUUUCUACGAACGAGGCGUUUUAAUAAAAGUUGAUGGUUUCAAUGAAAAGUUGCCAGUGUUGAUUGAAGUUAUUGCAAAGUACAUUGUUACACUUGGAGAUCAUAUAACGGAAAAAUUGUUUGAUGCUGUUAAGGAUAAACAACUAAAGGGAUAUUACAACAGACUUCUGAAACCAGCAACAUUCGCAAAAUAACGAGUGGUUUUACACGGAGCUGAUUCAGUGGAAAUCAUGCGACGAAGGAUGUGUAUUAGCAAGUUUUCGCAGUACCCUAG